CUGCCUUGACAUGUGCCAAGAUGGCCACGAUAGAUGGGGAGAGAGGCAUGAAUAGCCUGCAGAGUGAUGAAAGACUCCUUGCCCCACCGUUACCUCCACGAGCAGCGAACCGACAAGAAACCGACUGGAUAUCGGAGACGGCCCCACAAGAUAGAAUAUGCAUACUUCGCGACUUUUUGAAAGGACAGCCAGACUACAAUAUUCGAGUCUUUGUCCUCCGCCACAUUGUAUCGCGAAUAACAUUCAAGCCAUGGCACCUGGUAGGCAUCGCGGGUUUCCUAGGAAUGACGUUCCUCAACGUGUACAAUGCCCGGACACAACUCUGUCAUGCUUUUGGUCUUGAUGGACAGUUUCUAUGCUUUCUUUCUGCCACAAACCCGUACAGCUCCGAUGAUGACCAUUUCAAAGUUGAAGACCUCUAUCAUUCCCUCUCGAUUUUGCGAGUCGUAGCCAUUAUUGAAGGAUUAUUGGUCUUUUUCUUUGCCUUUUCCGCUUGUGCGAUGGGCGCUGUUUUGACGUUGAUCGACUGGAGACAACAUCAUCGACAGGAAGCAAAGUGGGAUCCGUACCAUCACGACCGGUUUCUAUGGUGGGCUGUGCGCUGGGGGGUGAUUUUAUCUCUUGCGAGCCAGUUUUCUUUGCUAUGCGGACUAGCAUGUCUGACAUUGAUCAAAACGGAGCCACUACGAUUAGGAAAGCGGUUAAUACGAAAAUAUCCCCACAUGUGGGGCAUGGAGACAAUACCCAAAGUCAUGAUAGCUGCUCUUCUGACUGCAUUGUUAUUCGGCUUUGGUAUAGUUAUCGGCAUCAUAGCAGUUUGGGCAAAGCUGCAACUAGCACGGGUCGGGGUUACCCUUCCUCAUUCCCUCGGGUUGGAUCCCAGCACGGGACAGUGGACACAUUGGACCUUUGGACAAGUGGUCAUGCUUCUGGGGCUGGCAAACAAUAUUGCCGGAUUGUUUGCGCUAGGCAGCCCAAACAAGAUUACCUCACUCUUGGAAUACCGGAUAGAUCCAAAACUCUUUGCUGGUGCGCUGCUUUACGAACAUGGAUUUGUGGUCGCAGCUGCCAUUUGGUUUGCAGCAGAUAGACGCGAGGUUCGCAAGGCUUUACGGGACGUAUUUGUGCAGCUAGUACCAGAGAUACCAUGACCGUCCUAUCGUUACAAUUUUGUAAGCACUUAGUAGAAUUAGAUAGAUGUUGAUAUUUUCCUUGUUAUCCUUAGUGUUCCCAUAGCUUUCGUCUGGUGAGCAUCUCCAUCGUUUCUCGAGUGCGAUUUUCCAUUAAAAACAAGCACGCUGCAGCUGGAUUGAUCGGUGUGGCGCAGGAACGGGAGGUCGAUCGCGUCGCGUCCAACUGUCUUCUCCAAGAA